GAAGCUGCAUGGAGAACGUCGGAGGAAAGUGCAACGGGGCCAUGCAACAAAGGGCGGGCCGCCGGGUGGUUCUUUUCCCGGUGCCUUUGCAGGGCCACAUAAGCCCCAUGCUUCAGCUUGCAAACAUCCUCUACUCCAGAGGUUUUUCCAUCACCAUAAUACACACCUGCUUCAAUUCUCCCAACUAUUCCAAGCACACCAACUUCACCUUCCAUUCAAUUCCCGACGGCUUAUUGGAAAGCGAAGCAUCCACGGCAGAUAUCACCGCGGUCCUCACGCUCCUUAAUGCCAACUGUGUCACGCCUUUUCGUGAUUGCUUGGCUAAGUUGUUGUCCGAUUCUUCUGAGGAACCCGUUGCUUGCGUGAUUACCGAUGCCAUUUGGCACUUUACGCAAGCAGUCGCCGACAGCUUCAAGCUCCCAAGGAUCGUGCUACGGACUAGUAAUGUCUCUUCAUUUCUUGCUUUCGGCAGCCUCCUACUUAUGCAGGAAAAGGGUUACCUCCCCAUUCAAGAGUCGCGACUAGAAGCGCCGUGGACAGAUCGUCCACCACUUAAAUUCAAAGACAUUCCGGCGAUUAACACGCGCAAUCCAGAGGACUUUUAUCGAGUAUUAUCUGGCAUGUUGAAAGAAACUAAGGUCUCCUCGGGACUAAUUUGGAACUCACUUGAAGACCUUGAACAAUCCGAGCUGAUCUCAUUCGGCCAGGAUUUUCCCAUUCCGGUGUUUCCCAUUGGCCCAUUACACAAGUACUUUCCAGCCUCGUCAAGUAGCCUGGUAACACAAGACCAAAGUUGCCUUUCCUGGCUAAACACGCAAGCACCCAGAUCCGUACUCUAUGCGAGCUUUGGGAGUCUUGCGGCCUUUGAUGGAUCCCAAUUUGCGGAGAUAGCUUGGGGGCUAGCCAACAGCAAGCAGCCCUUCCUGUGGGUGGUUCGACCGGGGUUAGUCCGUGGCUCAGAGUGGCUCGAAGCAUUGCCCUCUGGGUUCCUAGAGGCGAUCAAUGGGAGGGGACACAUUGUGAAAUGGGCUCCACAACAGGAAGUGCUGUCUCAUCCUGCCACGGGAGGAUUUUGUAGUCACAAUGGAUGGAAUUCGACAUUGGAGAGUAUAUGUGAAGGGGUUCCCAUGAUUUGUUUGCCUAAUUUUGGUGACCAACUGGUAAAUGCCAGAUACGUGAGCCAUGUUUGGAAAAUUGGGAUCCAUUUAGAGAAUAGGCUAGAGAGAGGAGAGAUAGAGAAGGCAAUUAGAAGGCUCCUGCUGGGGACUGAAGGCAAGGAGAUGAGAGACCGGAUUAUGAAUAUGAAGGAAAAAGUUUAUCUUUCUCUAAGGCAUGGGGGUUCUUCAUAUCAAGCCCUAGACAGCUUGAUCAGUCACAUUUCUUUGUUCUAGUUACAUGGGUUUUGGUAUUUUAUGAUUAUUUGUAUCCCUUAGGUAUCUGAUUGUAAUCACUGUUUUACUUCACUA